UGCAACUCGGGCACUCAAUGCCCGAUUGCUGGACCUGGAACAGGUUGUACCAGGACCAACUGCUGGGGCUUCCAGCAGUGCACCCUCUAGCCGCCAACUGGAGGACCGCGUUGACCACGUAGUGGCAAUGCUCGGCGACAUCAGCACCUUCGCUGCGCCGACCACCACCAUCAGCAGUCAGCUGCAUACAUUGAAGACCGAGGUCCAGAAGCUGCAGACGACGAACGGGGAUGGCAAUCCGAAGAUGUAUAAGAUGCCAACUUUCAAUCUGGAGAGGUUCGACGACUACACGCAGCAGGAUCCGGUCCUCUGGUGGGAAGCAUUCACAACACAACUCAGGAUUCUGCCGGUAGCCAAGCAUGCGUACAUCGGCGCCCUGUUCCUGAACUCAAAGGGCGGAUGCCAGACCUGGUUGAGCCACCUGGCAACCUCCCACGGCGUCGACGUACCAGACUUGAAGGACCAAAUCACAUGGGAGGAACUGAAACGGCUGUGGAAGAAGCGGUUUAUCGUCGAUGACGCGCCGACACUCGCCAUCAACCGUUUGUUCACCAUGUCACAGGGCAACACUGCAACACGGGACUGGCUCACAGAGUGGCAAAAGAUUGCGGCAGUGCCCAAUCUGGAGCUGCCUUUCACUCAUCUCAGACGUGAGUUCUACAACAGGUCCUGUGCUGCAUUGAGCCACGCUCUUGGUGAUCGCGAGCAGUACUCCACUUUCGCCGAGAUUAUCGACAAGGCGAGAGAGAUCAUCAAGACCAACAAGUCAGCUGCACACGAGAGAUCAACAUGGCAGCCGACCUACGUGGAGAAGGCACGAACUGGUCCGCGACAGCAACACUUCGCUGCAGUCCAGCAGGACAGUGGAGAUAACCCAGCAGCCAUUCCAGCAUCAAGUGACGGAGAUCAGGUGGCUGCUGUCCAGCUGCGAAGCAACAACAAGUCCCGCAACAAUGGGAAGGCGAAAACCGCAUCGCAGGCCGGAAAUGGACAGCCAGGACAAUUUCCAUGGGUCAAGUUUGGCUUCACCGAGGCGAAGUACAAGGUCCGCGGCCGCUACGGCAACUGCUACUGGUGCAACAGCACCAAGCACAAGACCUCCCUGUGCCAAGAUCAGGGCAAGGAGGAUCUGCGACCCCGCCUCAGCUCGGGAAACUGCGCUCCGCGGAAGGAUUAUGCUGUCCACUUGGUUCCACCGCUGGACCAACCGCUCCAUGUGCAACAGUCCACCGCAUGCACGGUUUCAUCACCAUCGGCACUCGAUUCGGCAGCUUCGCCGCAAUCUAUCGCCGGGGAUUCGACGUCAUGGUCAAGACUUGAAGAGCUCGACCCGUUGACGUUCACGGACUUCCAGUGGAUGCCCGUUUCCUCAACCAGACGAUUGCCGAAACCUCAUUGCAAUGUGCUCAUGGCACAACUGCGGGACUACUUGCACGCUGCAGUACCAGCUCCGUUAAUAGACGUCGGAGCAGAGGUUGUCGACCUUCACGCUUACAUCGCGAAGAUCGACCGCGAGUUCAAGACGCAACGGUACGACGACAUCGACGCACCAUUGCUAUACAUACGCAUUCAGAUCGGAGAGGCGACCUGCAGUGCCUUGAUCGAUUGUGGAGCAUCUCACAACUACAUCAGCCAGGACUUCAUGGUACACGCCGGCCUUGGCCCACGUGUCCGGAGGAAGUCCCAACUUACGCAAGUCACUCUGGCAGACGGUCAUACGCACAAGUCCAUUGACCGGUGCAUUGACGCCGUCCUAGUGUACUUUGCCCCUCACGCAAGUGAGGCGGUGUCCUUUGACAUUCUGGACACCAAAUUCGACAUGAUCUUAGGCAUGUCAUGGCUGCGAAGCGAGGAUCACCCGGUGAACUUCUUCAACCGCACCGUUCACGUUCGUGAUCGGAACGGAGUAUUAGUUCCAUGCACGGUGCCUCUUCCUCAUCCUUUGAUCAGCUGCCACGUGGUAUCCGCCGCAAGCAUGCGAGCUUCCAUCAUCAUAGACGACAUAGAGGAAAUGGGGGUGUGUUUUCUCCACGCCCUCCCGCCCCAUGACGCUUCAUCGACGGACUCACCUUCGGAUCCACGCAUCACCGAACUUCUCGACGCCCACAGCGACGCGUUCGAAGGCCCGCAUGGGGUAGUACGGGAUCGACCCAUCCGCCACGAGAUCAUCCUUGAGGACGGGGUCAUACCUCCGCGCGGUUGUAUCUACCGAAUGAGCGAGGAAGAGUUAAGUGUGCUCCGAGCACAACUCGACAACCUUCUAGAGAAAGGCUGGAUUCGGCCUAGCUCAUCGCCAUACGGUGCUCCUGUUCUCUUCGUCCGGAAGAAGAACAAGGACCUGCGGUUGUGCAUCGAUUAUCGCAAACUCAACGCGCAGACGAUCAGGAACGCAGACCCUCUCCCAUGCAUCGAUGACCUCCUCGAGCGAUUGGGCGGCGCCCAGUUCUUCUCUAAGCUGGAUCUCAAGUCAGGGUACCACCAACUCGAGAUUCGCAAGGAGGAUCGCUACAAGACCACGUUCAAGACACGGUAUGGGCAUUUCGAAUGGCUGGUCAUGCCGUUUGGCCUUACAAAUGCCCCAGCCACUUUCCAAGCGGCUAUGGCAACGGAGUUCCGACACAUGAUGGAUCGGUUUGUACUCAUCUACCUCGACGACAUCUUGGUGUAUAGUCGGAGUUUGGACGAGCAUGUGGAACACCUGCGCACCGUUUUGGAGAGGCUACGACAAGCCAAGUACAAAGCAAACCACGACAAGUGCGAGUUCGCACAACAGGAGCUGGAGUACUUGGGACACUAUGUGACGCCGCAAGGCAUCCGUCCAGUUGCAGACAAGAUCGAGGCCCUACGAGUAUGGCCCGAGCCCACCAACACCACGGACGUUCGUUCAUUCAUGGGGUUCGCGGGCUACUAUCAGCGAUUCAUCAUUGGAUACUCCAGGAUUGCUGCACCUAUGGCGAGGUUACAGUCGCCAAAGGUGCCAUUCGUAUUCGAUGACGACGCACGCCGGUCAUUCCAAGCACUUAAGACGGCUAUGCUCAUGGCACCCGUCCUUAGCAUCUAUGACCCCACCCUGCCGACGCGAGUGACUACGGACGCUUCCAGCUAUGGCAUUGGUGCAGUCUUGGAAUAGCACGACGACGACGACUGGCACCCUGUGGAGUAUUUCAGCCACAAAGUG